AUGGUUGAGCCAUCAAUUGAAAAUCUUUCUUUCAAGAUUGGAAAAUUCAACUUACAAGUGGAUAAAUCUCUUCUAUUCCAAUCAAGAAUUACAAUCCCGCUUAAGCCUUCACAGAUAAUCUCAAUUCCGUGCUUUUCUUCAGAAAACCCCAUUUUCCCAAAAUACUCUUUCACAUUGGUUGACUCCCCUUCCAAACAAAAGCUCAAACUUAAGACUUUUAGCGUAUUUAUUAUCCCUCAAGGCCAAGAAAACUCAUGAAGUUUCAGCGAAAUCGAAGGCCAGAGAGAUUUGCUUAAAACAGUCAACACUUCAAGACUCUUAUUUGUAAAGCUUAAUCAUGGCUUUGAAUUUAGCACAAUGCAAGCAAUUCAGCAAGAAUUAUCAGAAAUCGCACAAUUUUUGGCCCCUCCAAUGGGCAAGUCAUCAAGAAUUGCGUUCAUGACAAAUGGAGAUAUAGGGGAGAGGGCUGUGGUAUUUCAGAAUGGGAAUAUGAUUAUAGAAGAUGUAAAAGAAGAGGAAACAUAUUUGAGACAGCUGAUUUAUCUCACAAAUGUUAACCAAAUACAAUCAGAAAUCAAGCUUAAACAAGUUUUAAACACAGACAGCCCUUUGCAUGCUGAGAAUUCGCCAGCAGUGAAGCAGGGGGGUUUACUAGAAGCGGAUUAUAGCACUCUGACAUGUGAAUGACUGAAGGUUAUGCUUUUUUCUUUGGCGUUCAAUUCCAAUACAAUUUUUGGGAAUGAAGAAAUGAUAAAUGUUUUGAUUUUGGGGGCUGGAGGAGGAGUUUUUUCAUCAUUUUUAUUAAGCCAUUUCCAAAAUAUCCAAGUAUUUGCUGUAGAUAUUGAUAGUUCACUUAUUGAUAUUGGAAGAAGGUUUUUUGGUGCUAAAGAGUCUAAUAGGCAACAAAUUAUCAUUGAAGAUGCUUUAGUUUUUGUCGAAAAUUGCAGAGACUUACAAUUUGAUUUGGUGUUCCUUGAUAUAUGUGCAGCAGACUCACAUAUUCCCACCCCUCCACCUCCAUUUACUUCUCAAGAUUUCUUAAGAAAGCUAAAGAAUCUAAUGACAGAAAAUUGUGUUUUAUCAAUAAAUACAUUUGGGACUGCUCAUCAAAAAGAAAAUUCCAUCAAAGAAAUUUUAAAAUCAUUUGAAAGCUUAUAUAAUUAAAGAAAUGAAUAAGAUUUUUCUUUAUUAUGAUUAAUUUCAUAUUUCCAUUGAAAUAAAUCUAUCCAAACAUAUUACAUUCAUUUAAAUAAUAAAAAAAUAUACAAAAUAUCAUGCAAGGAAGACACAAAUGAUAUUUUAUUCUGCCUAAAAAAAAUAAUUACACAAAGCCAAAUUGAAGACAAUUUGAAAAUAAUUGAGGAGAGGAAAACAUGGGACUCCUCUCUCAAUUUAUCAGACUAUUUAAGCGCCUUAAAAUUAGAAACUCCGAAAUCUUCAUAA